UUGCAAGAGCAUUAAAUGCAGAAAAGGUUAUACGUCUACUUGAUAAGAUCCAAGAUGGCUGCCAUCAGUGGAGGACGUGUUUUGUCACUUUGCCGUCAGUUUCAGUCAGGAUUUAGGAUAUCAACUUUACCUCUCCAGCGUCCGCAUGUUUUGACCAAACUCUGUCCACUGAGUCCCUGUCCUCAGACUCAUGUGAGGCUGCUUGUACAUCAGUGCCGGUCACUGUACACGUCCAGCUGCAGAAAAGGACUGGAUGAGUUUUUUGACAUUCCCGAAAACUGGGGCGAGCCAACUGUCAAGUCAGGGGCACCUUGGACUGCAAAACAACUAAGGACUAAAAGUAAUGAAGAUUUACACAAGCUAUGGUACGUGCUGCUCAAAGAGAAGAACAUGUUGCUGACUGUUGAACAAGAGGCGAAGAGACAAAGGGUCCCGAUGCCGAGCCCGGAGCGUCUGAGGAAGGUGGACAGGUCUAUGAUAAGGCUUGAGACUGUAGUCAGGGAGAGAGAGGAUGCCAUCCGGUUGCUGCAGACUGGCCAGGAGAGAGCUCGUCCAGGUGCUUGGAGAAGAGACCUCUUUGGAAGAACUUACUGGUACAGAUUUAAGGAGUACCCCAUUCCAUGGUACCUGAACACAAGAUACAAGAGAAAGCGAUUCUUCUCAGCACCUUUCGUUAACGACUUCAUAAGGCUUCGCAUAGAACAACACAUGCGAAGACAACGAAGGAAGCGGUUGGCCGAAGCCAAAAGGCACAGCAAACUGAUGGAGAAAUUCCCAAACAUGGUCUCCAAAGCAUGAGGCACUAAGAACAUGCUUGGAACAUCAUGAACGUGUGACUGAUGUAUGCCUUUAGAUAACAAUGAAGUCUUUUUUUUGCUUUUUUUUUUUAAUAGCCAAAACACACACAUGAGAUUAAUUCUGCAAUUCAUGCAGUCUCGCAGCUCUUAAAUCUCAAAUAAAAAUUUACCUCAAAUGCAGUUCAUUGUUUUCAGCUAGUUCUAUGUCUUACAAUAAAAGCACUGAAUAUCAUACAUAAAAGAACAUCCUCUGUGAAUAUUCUUACUUUCACAGUCCACUAGAGGGCAGGUCAUUCAACAUAUAAUGCAGCUGUAUUUCAAAUCUAGACAAGUGAGGUGAGAAUGAAAUUCCUGUUAACAGGUGAUGUUUUUUGAUCGCAUGUAAUGCAAUGUCAUACAAAGGUAUAUACAAUGCAUUUUUGUCGAUCACUGCUGUUUAAAAUGAACAUGGCAUAAUUAAAGACUGAUUGUAUAAAAUGA